UUACUGUUACAUUGGUUUGUAAUCUUUUGCAUAAACAGACAUCAGGAAAAUAGAUUUCUUCUUCUUGAGUCAUCCACGUCGCUAUCCUUGAUGACCUGUGCCAAGCCGAUGCACUCAGUCAUCGAUUUUCAUCUUACUUUAUGGCCUACAAUUACAACUCACAGAUAAACUAACUUGCACCAACAGAACAUCAACCUCUUCUUCUUCUUCUUCUCUCUCUCUCCAUCAUCUACUCAUCCCCUUCCUAUCCACAAUUUCAUACUCUAUUUUCUUAUUUCCAUUUACACGACCAUCACCACCACCACCACAUAUUUUCCUCUUUUUCUCAGAGGGAGGGAAGGAGAGAGAGACUCCAUCCGUCCCUCGUCCAAUAAACCAGUUGCAGAGGACUACACACAGUGACACAGACACCCUCUUUCAUUUUCUCUGGUUAAACCAAUCAGAAAUUGAGAAUUAAGAAAUGCACGCACAAGACUCGGGGGUUCCCAAUUUCGAUCUUCCCGAGGAGGUCCUCGCUGUCCUGCCGUCUGACCCUUUUCAACAGCUCGAUAUCGCUCGCAAGAUAACCUCCAUCGCCCUCGCGACACGUGUCUCUAAGCUUGAAUCCGAAGCUUCUCGUCUUCUCGCCAAUCUCACUGAGAAAGAUGCCUACAUCUCCGAAUUACAUGCUCAGAUCGAGGCCCUCGACGCUUCCCUCGCCGAUACCGCCGAUAAGCUCGCUCGGGCCGACGAAGAGAAGGAGGCUCUGUUGAAGGAGAACGCUUCCCUGUCCAACACUGUAAAGAAGCUUAACCGAGAUGUCUCCAAGCUGGAAGUCUUUAGGAAAACUCUCAUGCAAUCACUGCAAGAGGAGGAAGAAACUUCUCAAGCAGCAGCUCCAAAGAUUGUUGUGAAGCUGAUGCCAGGGGAAAAUGCUAUACUACCACCUUCAAGGUCAUCUUCAAUUCAGAGUCAGUUUUCAGAAACAGGAAAUUCAUUUACAGAGGAUGGUGAUACAGAUGCAUCAAGGCCCCGAGUAUCACAAGGUCUUCUGUUAGCAUCCCAAGCCAGCACGCCAAAGGUUUCACCUCCAGUUUCCCCUCCAAGUCUUUCUGUAUCAGGAUCUCCAACAAGAAUGUCUAAACCAGUUUCACCAAGACGGCAUUCCAUUUCCUUUUCAACCUCGAGAGGACGGACCAGAAUAGAUGGGAAAGAGUUCUUCCGCCAAGUUCGGUUCUUGCUGCUGCCGGCGGCGAUGAUACUUCUUCCCGAGGAAUGCGUCCAUAACAAACAGCAUCAUCAAACUACCUCUUCCACAUCUGAUCUCUGUAUAUGUUUCAUCAGGAGCCGCUUGUCUUAUGAGCAGUUUGGUGCAUUCCUAGCCAAUGUCAAGGAAUUGAAUUCCCACAAGCAGACAAGAGAGGAAACUUUGCAGAAGGCAGAUGAGAUUUUUGGACCAGAUAAUAAGGACCUCUAUAGCAAAUUUGAAGGAUUAAUCACCCGCAAUGUUCACUGAAAGCCCCAACAUAUGGAAUAAAAUUGUUUUUCUAAAUAUCAAUGUACCGUUUUUUGUUCCUUCUUUAGACUUUAGCUGUAUCUGUAAAUAGAAUAGUCUCUUGGCUGUCAUUGUGUGAUUCUAUGUACAACUCUCCUUUAGUUUUUUUUAUUAUUUAUUGGUUGUAUCUACUAAUCAAAUUUCAACAGAA